AUGUCUCAGGAAAUAGGACUUUACCCCCUGCACCUGGCUUCAGCCAAAGGCGAUGUUGAGGCUGUGAGAGUGCUCCUGAGCUUGGACCAAAACCUUGCCUUCGUGGUGGACAAAAAUGGAAUGACUCCUCUUCAUGUUGCAGUAACUGAAGGGAGAGUUGAGGUGGUGAAAGACAUGCUCAUUGCUAAUCUUCAGUAUACUGAAGAAGGUGAGACAGUUAUACAUCUCUGUGCCAGAAACAACCAUUACAGAGUCUUUGAAUACUUGGUGAAAUUGCUACAUGUGAAUGUCUUUGUUAACAUGAGUGACAAUAACGGGAAUACUGUCAUGCAUGUUGCUGUCAGCUGCAAACAGCUCCAGUUUGUGAAAUUUUUGGUUACAGUGAAUGGAAUAGAUUUGUCUGCUCUGAAAUAUGAAGGACACAAGGCAUUGGAUAUUAUAUAG